CCUCUCCGCCGGCGGACAUCGUGGUCGCCGCGCGGUGUGAGUGGACGAGCGCGCUGCCGCCAUGGAGGGCCCUUUGUCCGUGUUCGGGGACCGCAGCACCGGGGAGGCGAUCCGCUCCCAGAACGUGAUGGCCGCGGCCUCCAUCGCCAACAUCGUCAAGAGCUCCCUGGGGCCCGUCGGGCUGGACAAGAUGCUGGUGGAUGACAUCGGCGAUGUGACCAUCACCAACGACGGCGCGACCAUCCUCAAGUUGCUGGAGGUGGAACACCCUGCCGCCAAGGUGCUCUGCGAGCUGGCCGACCUGCAGGACAAAGAAGUCGGGGAUGGAACGACCUCGGUGGUUAUUAUUGCAGCGGAACUUCUGAAAAACGCAGACGAACUCGUGAAGCAGAAAAUUCAUCCCACUUCGGUUAUCAGUGGCUAUCGACUUGCUUGCAAGGAAGCUGUGCGAUACAUCAGUGAAAACCUAAUUAUCAACACAGAUGAACUUGGAAGAGAUUGCCUGCUCAAUGCUGCAAAGACAUCAAUGUCUUCCAAAAUCAUUGGGGUCAAUGGAGAUUUCUUUUCUAACAUGGUGGUAGAUGCUGUACUUGCUGUUAAAUACACAGAUACCCGAGGCCAGCCUCGCUAUCCAGUCAACUCUAUCAACAUUCUGAAAGCCCACGGCAGAAGUCAGACGGAGAGUUUACUCAUCAAUGGCUAUGCCCUCAACUGCGUGGUGGGAUCUCAGGGCAUGCCCAAGAGAAUAGUUAACGCAAAAAUUGCUUGCCUUGACUUCGGCCUGCAGAAAACCAAAAUGAAGCUUGGCGUACAGGUGGUUAUCACAGACCCUGAAAAAUUAGACCAAAUCAGACAGAGAGAAUCCGAUAUCACCAAGGAAAGAAUCCAGAAGAUCCUGGCCACCGGUGCCAACGUGGUUUUCACCACUGGUGGCAUCGACGACAUGUGUCUCAAGUACUUUGUGGAGGCUGGUGCCAUGGCAGUUAGAAGAGUUUUGAAAAGGGACCUUAAACGCAUUGCUAAAGCUUCUGGAGCGACCAUUCUGUCAACUCUGGCCAAUCUGGAAGGUGAAGAAACUUUUGAAGCUGUAAUGUUGGGACAAGCAGAAGAGGUGGUACAGGAGAGGAUCUGCGAUGAUGAGCUCAUCUUAAUCAAAAACACAAAGGCUCGUACAUCUGCCUCGAUUAUCUUACGCGGUGCAAACGAUUUCAUGUGUGACGAGAUGGAGCGUUCUCUACAUGAUGCCCUUUGUGUGGUGAAGCGGGUGCUCGAGUCAAAAUCUGUGGUCCCAGGUGGGGGCGCUGUUGAGGCAGCUCUUUCUAUAUACCUGGAAAACUACGCCACCAGCAUGGGGUCUCGGGAACAGCUUGCUAUUGCAGAGUUUGCAAGGUCUCUCCUUGUUAUUCCUAACACACUGGCAGUGAAUGCAGCCCAAGACUCCACAGAUCUGGUUGCAAAGUUAAGAGCUUUUCACAAUGAGGCUCAAGUUAACCCAGAACGCAAAAAUCUAAAAUGGAUUGGUCUUGAUCUGGUUAAUGGAAAGCCUCGAGACAACAAGCAAGCAGGGGUUUUUGAGCCAACUGUGGUUAAAGUGAAAAGUUUGAAAUUUGCCACAGAAGCUGCGAUUACCAUUCUUCGGAUUGAUGAUCUUAUUAAGUUACAUCCAGAAAAUAAGGAUGAGAAGCAUGGAGGUUAUGAAGACGCCAUGCACUCUGGAGCCCUUGAUGACUGAUCAGACUUCUUUAUUUAUAACAAUGUUAGAAUUGUCUUGUACCUUACGUAUUACACAUUAAAGUACAGUGUGAGCCUGCA